AUGGCCCGUUCAAAAGGUCAGAAGAGCAAAAGGCCAGAGACUCCAGAACGCGAUCGACCCGCAGAAGCAGCAGAAGCAGCAGCACGGACAAUCCAUCUCGAUGGGAAAACCCUUGAAGGUGGGGGGCAACUCGUUCGCAAUGCCCUCGCUCUGUCGGCGCUGACUGCCAAGCCCAUCACCAUCACAAACAUUCGAGGAAACCGACGGGGAAAGACUGGACUGAAGGGAUCGCAUGCUGCAGCAGUCAAAUCGCUCGUCGAGACGUGUGGAGGCGAGGUCACUGGUGGAGAGAUAGGGUCGACUACGUUGACAUUUUUCCCUCGAGGCAGAAGCGCAGUGGACGACGAUGGUGAUCAGCUAUCUCUUGCAUUUACUCACCCCUGGAGUGGCCAGCCACCAAUUCGACCUGAAUACAACAUCCGCUUGUCCACUGCUGGGUCGAUUUUCCUCAUCUUCCAGGCGUUGUAUCCCUACCUGCUGCAUGCCAGCAGCUUUGGAUCUGUGGGACCUGUGAGGUUGAACAUCACUGGGGGCACCAAUGUCUCAUGCGCUCCUUCGUAUGAUUAUGAGAAGCAAGUCUUUGUUCCAAACCUGCAGAGACUAGGAUUUCCCCGGUUGUCUGUCAAUCUCCGCGAUCGUGGCUGGUCAACAGGUCCUAUGAAUUUGGGCACCGUGACGUUUACUAUCCACCCGCUAGGAUCUGAUAAGGCAACAGAGUCACAGACUGACGCACAACCGGAUGGCCCUAACGGGGUUGAUGGAACUGCGACAGAGGAAGAACAAAAGAGAGAGGUGGAUGGAGAAUAUUCUCCAUCUCAAUCCCGAUUUCCUCUGUUAAAUUUGGGUCAUUACAGAAGGGGGAAAAUCACAAAAGUCGAUAUCACAAUUCUGGCACCAGACACUUCUCUGAGAGGUCGAGAAUUUCGCGGUGAUAGGAAAAGAGAAAGAAAAGACAAGAGAAGGUCUCAUGAAUCGAGACAAUACGAUAGUUCGGGGAAUACAGAGCAUCUAGAGUCCGACGAAUCGGCUGAAUGGGAUGAAAGAUCUCCCGAGUCAAUGACUGUGCGAGAAUAUCUCGAGGAAAAGGCCCUCAAGGCUGUUGCUCGCGCGCUAAAGCGUCUCCCAGAGAGUGUGAUUCCAAGGCGGUCGAGCUCAAAUGACUCUCACGUUGACGGCGAUUCAUCAAAUGCAGACACAGGCAUCAGUAUCCCAAUUAAAACGCACACCUCAGAAACUACGCAUCAUCAUACCCAUCUUUAUAUCCUAUUGGUGGCCCAUACAUCCAACGGCUUUAAACUGGGCAGAGACGCACUGUUUGAAGGGUUCGGGAAGCGAGGCCGAAGGACCACAGGCAAGCAUGGUCAGGAAAACCGGAAUUCUAACGGCGGUUCUGGGGGCAGCAGCGUGCUCGACGAGCUUGUCGAGCGAUGUGUGGAAGGAUUUGUCGAAGAACUACACCCAGACGAAUUACCUCAGGGAGCAGACGAUGGCCAGAAGAGAAAGAAACAUAAGCCUUGCGUGGAUGCUUUCAUGCGAGAUCAGCUCGUCAUUUUCGAGGCGUUGGGAAGGGUACAGAGUCGAGAGAAAGCAGAUGGAGACGUUGCUGUAUCUGAUGGCAAGGACAAGGCAGACGAAGAAGCGAAAGAUGAGGAUGAGGACGAGAGGUACUGGAGUCUUCACACGCAGACAGCUCGGUGGGUAUGUGAGAAGAUUCUUGGAGAGGAUAUCUGGUUGUAG